AUGGCGGCCUUUUUAGUACGGAUAGCACCAGUGGAGGCACCGGCCGAUCCGGUACUUGAGCUGGAAUCCAUUGUACCGCAACUCCAUGGAGCGAUCGUUGACGUUGACGUUGACGUUGGCGUUGGUCGCAAAGUGCCGAUGGCGCAGAAGUUGAAGGGACCCACAUGGCGAAUUCCCCGCUCUCCCAAUGCGUCCAACGGUGAUCUUCUCUCUUCUCCAACACUCCGCUGA